GGUCAUGAUGGAACAAUUGGUGAUCCGGGGCCAAAAGGUGAAACUGGACCUGAUGGGGCACCGGGACCAAAAGGUUUCCAAGGUAAUGUGGGUCAACCAGGCUUAAAAGGUAUGGCCGGGCGUGAUGGUCUGAUUGGUGAACGCGGUUUGCCAGGUCCAAAAGGAACCCCCGGUGAUCCGGGUGAAGACGGUCUGCGUGGUCCAUACGGUGAACCCGGAGAGCCUGGUGGUUCAGCGGAGUGUACUGGAAUUUUACCUGGUCGUCCUGGUCCACGUGGUAUGCCCGGAGCUCCCGGAGCUAAAGGUCAACCCGGUCUUCCCGGUGUUGACGGGGAUCGGGGAUUAAAAGGCGCUAUCGGACCACAAGGCCCAAUGGGUGAUAUGGGUCCUGACUGUCCCAUCGGACCUCCGGGACGUCCUGGACCUAAGGGUGCUCCAGGUGAGCCUGGUCGACCCGGUCUAGUCGGCUUUCCAGGUCGUCCGGGAGAUGAUGGUUUCCCAGGAGACAAGGGUGAAUCUGGUCGUGGAAUGCGUGGAAUGCCUGGUGAUCCUGGAGAUCGCGGUCCAGAUGGACCUCCCGGUCCCAAGGGUCCAAAAGGUGUACAGGGUGAACGAGGACCACCCGGAACCAAGGGUGCUGGUCUCCCUGGUCCCAUGGGAGAGAAAGGUGAAAAAGGUAUUGCCGGGCUGAUGGGAAAACGCGGUAAACCUGGUACACCAGGUCCAGAAGGUGAACCCGGUGAUCGUUGUAAUCCUUGCAGACAGGGUAUCCCUGGAGAGAAAGGUGAAAAAGGUGACCAAGGAAUUCCUGGAACACCUGGACCACGCGGACGUGACGGUUCAAAAGGAGAACGAGGUGAUCGUGGUGCACCAGGUAACCCCGGGCGAAUGGGGCCUCCGGGUUACGAGGGUGUUCCCGGUGACCGAGGUAUUCCCGGACCGAAGGGUUUCAAAGGUGAACCGGGUGAGACGAGAACGGAAUAUCAAGGAGUUGUCAAAGGUCCGAAAGGUUAUCCUGGUGUGGACGGCGUAAAAGGUCAAAAAGGAAUAAAGGGAAUGUACGGUGACGCAGGCGAGAAAGGUGAUCGUGGAUUGGAAGGCCCUCCUGGUGAUCCUGGACAACGCGGUUUGCCUGGACAAAAGGGUCCGAAGGGAAUGCCCGGUGAAAAGGGAUUCAAGGGUCAACCGGCCGAGAUGUUAAUAGGUUUAAAGGGAGACAAAGGUACCCCCGGUCGAUCUGGUCUUCCUGGAGAGCCUGGUGUUCCUGGCAUUCCUGUGGAGAAAGGUGAUCGUGGUCAGAAAGGUGAACCGGGUCCCCGCGGGGACAAAGGUAAACCGGGUGGUGAAGGACCACCGGGCAAACCCGGUGAUGAUGGGAUUCGUGGGGCGAAGGGUGUACCUGGUCGACCUGGACCACCGGGUCCAAAAGGUGCCGUCGGUUAUCCGGGUGAACCUGGUGAACGGGGUGAUAGCGGUGAUCCUGGACUACCUGGCCCCAUGGGUCCGAAAGGAGAUCGAGGGGCACCGGGUCCAGUAGGUGAUCGCGGUCCGUUCGGUCCAAAGGGUGAAAAAGGUUCUCCUGGGUUGCCAGGAACCGGUGAGAAGGGUGAUCGCGGCAUGCCUGGAGUACCGGGAAUGCCAGGACCAAAAGGGGAGAGAGGAGAACCCGGGCUCACUGGAGCACCUGGAGAUCCAGGUCUAUCUGGAAGACAAGGUGAAAAGGGAGUCGAAGGUCAAUGCCUCGGUCCAGCGGAGAAAGGAAAUGUGGGAUUGCCCGGUCCGCGUGGUCCUGAUGGACGUAAAGGAGAAAUGGGUCUCAAAGGCGUGAAAGGAGAACGAGGACCUGCGGGAGAAGUCGGCAUUCCAGGCGCGAAAGGAGAACGUGGACCUGCUGGUUUACCUGGGGCAAACGGUGAAGUUGGUGAUCCAGGUCCCACUGGACGACCUGGAGUGCCUGGUCCUAAGGGUUUCGAAGGAGUUCCCGGACCAAAGGGCCUGCAGGGAGAACCAGGAGCUCCGGGUCUCGAUGGCAUCUUUGGUGAAAAAGGUGAUAUGGGACCCCCGGGCAAGAGCUUCUUCGGCGAAAAGGGUGACAUUGGAGACAUGGGUAUGCCAGGAGAACAAGGCGAGAAAGGAUCUACCGGAAGACCGGGUAUCCGAGGUGAUAAGGGUGAACCUGGUCUGUCUGCGAAUGCUAUUCCUGGUGAUGUAGGAGAUCCUGGUGAUAUGGGUGAGAAAGGCUUUGCAGGAAUGCCUGGUGACCCUGGUCAGGCCGGUCCACGAGGUGAACCAGGAACACCUGGUCCAAUGGGACCAAAGGGUCUACCUGGUGAACCAGGUCAACCUGGAUUACGCGGACGGCCUGGUAAACCGGGUAUGGAUGGACGCCCGGGUGUAACUGGACCCAAAGGUUUCCCCGGUGAGAAAGGUAUUCGUGGUAUCAAGGGUUCUCGUGGUGAACCUGGGCCUGCAUUGGUCGGUCGAGAUGGAGAGCCGGGUGACAAUGGGGAUCGUGGUGCUCCCGGAAUUCCUGGACCAAAGGGAGAUAGAGGAAUACCAGGUGACGUCGGACCCAAAGGAGUGGCUGGCAUCCCAGGUCGCGCAGGUGAAAAGGGUCAACCUGGAAUGACCGGAGAAAAGGGUGACACAGGCCCAACUGGACCUGAUGGUUUCCCAGGCCCCAUGGGAGAGAAAGGUGAUGUCGGUGACCCCGGACCACCGGGUGAUGUCGGCAUCGAAGGUCAAAUGGGUGUGAAAGGUUUUGCAGGUGCGCCAGGACAAUGUUUACCGUCUCCAGAGAGUCCUGCGGGAGACCCCGGGCCACAAGGUCCACCUGGACCGGUCGGUGAAAAGGGAUUGCCGGGUAUUCCUGGAAAACCUGGUAAAGUUGGACCGCCUGGACCUCCGGGACGUGGUCGCCCCGGGGCUAGAGGAGAACCGGGUGACGUUGGAUUACGUGGUCUUCCUGGCGAAAAGGGUCUUCCUGGUGAUAUUGGUGACCCCGGUGACCCAGCACAUCCCGGAGCAAAAGGUGAACGUGGUCGCCCUGGCCCAGUUGGUGAAAAAGGAGAUAUUGGAAUGGCUGGUGAUCCUGGCCCAAUGGGACCUGAAGGGGAUCCCGGAUCAAUCGGUGAAGUUGGCUACCCUGGAGAAGCCGGAGAACCUGGACGGGAUGGAAUUCCUGGGGAUAAAGGUAACACUGGAUGGAUCGGACCCCCCGGACCGACAGGAGAUCGUGGAUUGCCCGGUGACCCAGGACCAAUGGGUUCACCUGGUCCAGCGGGUGACGAUGUUACCGGAAUUACUGGUCCAAAAGGUGAUAAGGGUGAUAAAGGUUUCCCUGGGCAGAAGGGAAGUACUGGAAUACCAGCUGGUCGCGGACAAAAAGGACCAAAAGGUGAAAUGGGUUUGCCUGGACCGCAAGGUCGUGAACCUGGUAUGCCUGGAGCCAAAGGUGAACCUGGUGUACGCGGACCUCCAGGAGAUAUGGGUCCUCGUGGAGCACCGGGAGAUCGAGGUCCAACUGGUCCCAUUGGUCCCAGUGGACCACCGGGACAAGCAUUACUGUCCACCUACCUAUUUACGCGACACUUCCAAAAUCCUGAUGCUGAACUCACUUGUCCACCUGGAUCGAGCAAGAUUGGCGAAGGAUACAGCUUUGUCAUGGCUAAUGGGAACGGAGAGUUGGUCACCAUGGACCUCGGAUCGCACAGCUCUUGCAUAAGCAUGUUCAGUAUUAUGCCAUUCUUCCAAUGCCUUCGCGAUGGCACAUGUCAGUUAGGCGUGCGUGCUGAUCGAUCGUACUGGUUGGCAACCACUGAACCACUGCCCAUGAUGCCGUUGGAUGUGGGUGAGGUUCGAAGACGUGUUGCAAGAUGCGUGAUCUGUGAAGCCCCGACACAACCGUAUGCGUUCCAUGCCCAGGGCAAUCAACUUCAUGAUGUUUACUGUCCAAACGGAUGGUCAGAACUGUGGAACGGAUACAGUUUUGUCAUGCACACAGCUGGCAGCACUGGUGGUGGACAACAACUGUCAUCCCCUGGAAGUUGCCUGGAAUACUUCCGAUAUUCUCCACUUCUAGAAUGUAACAACGGCAUGAGUCUUUGUCACUACUGGUCUGAUGCAAAAGCAUACUACCUGCGACACGUGAACAACGGUACCGAAUUCCAGAGGCCACCAGGCAAAUAUAUGACAGAAGACGUGAGAGAUGACACAACCGUUCUGCGGGAAAUCAGUCGCUGUCGAGUUUGCAUGAAGCGACGUUUCCAAAAUUAUAUUGUCUAA